AUGACGUAUUAGUGACGUGUACAGUAAUAAUGCUUCUAUACAUCAAUAUGGGUGCAUCGUAUUAAAGUGAUAGAAAUAAUGAAUAUCAACGAUUUUUUGAAUUCUAGCGGCGAAGAAGGUAAUAGCGAUAUGGAAACAAUGGAUGUGUCGUUAAGUUGCGACAAUUCGGAGCUCAUGAGCUCCGAAUUUUUCGAUUCAGUACUAUCAUUGGAAAACAAUAUGGAUGAUGAGUUUUUCCCAAAUUUUGAAGAUGAUAUUAAUGUUUCCAGCGAUGCCAGUUCUAACGUCGACGAAGUCCUAUCGCCGCGAAGCUUUUAUUCAGAAAGCGAUAAGAAUAGUUCUUGUAUAGAAGGUUAUGAUGAUACUAGCACUAUACUGGGAAAUAUUGAAGGCUUUCAUGAAUUAAUAUCCAUUCUAGAUCCUACACCUGAACAACCUGUAAAAGAAAUACCUCCCGUCACUGCACCUAAUACACUCCUUUCUAAAUUACCAACUCAAAUUCUUAUACAAAAUCCAAAUAAUAAAAAAUGUAUUUCAAAGCCUAUGAUAAGUACCACUAAUAGUCAGCUUAAGAAAAACCAAGUGAAAACCAAACCUCAAAUACUUAAAGUACAACAAAUUUCAAACAAUGGUACUCCGGUUUUACUGCCAUUGAAUAUAAAGAGUAUUAAAAUUCUGAAUAGUGCUGCGGAUGUUGCUGCUCUUACUAGUAAUGUAAGAAAACGAAAAUUUGAAACAAAAACUGAGGAAAGUUCAAAUAUUGUUAGUUCCACAAACCAGUAUCCACCCUUGAAUCUUACUAAUGAAGAAAAGAGGCUAUUAGCAAAGGAAGGUAUUAUUUUACCUACUCAUCAUCCACUUACCAAAAAUGAUGAGAGAGAACUAAAACGGAUUCGUCGAAAAAUAAGAAAUAAAAUUUCAGCUCAAGAUUCUAGGAAGCGUAAAAAAGAAUAUGUGGAUAGCUUAGAGGAGAGAGUCAGAAGAGGGUCCGAAGAAAAUAAAAAUCUUUUACAGAGAGUGAGAGAUCUACAGAGGCAAAAUAAAACUUUGGUAGCUCAUGUCAAUAAGCUACAAGCAUUGAUAUGUAAUUCAACAACAUCUAAAGCAACCCCAUCUACAUGCCUAAUGGUUGUUCUUCUUUCUGCUCUAUUGGUAUCUUUGCCGAAUAUGAAAUUAUUCGAAAGCAAGAAUUCAAGUCAGAUACAAAAUGAGCAAGAACAAGUGGCUGUUAGAAGAUCUUUACUUUCUAGCCCUCAAGCUGCAGAAGAUUUGAACAUGGAGGAGUUCUUGAUUUUCAAGGAUGAAGAGGAGUUUGAUGGUAAACUAGAUGAACUAGAUAUGGAGAACUCCACUGAACAGGAAAUUACAAAAAUUCUGGAAAAUGUAGGGAAGAAAUUUGAUGGAGUACAAUCAGAGACAAAAGAUUCUCUGGGUUUGUUUGAUAGAAUCAUGGAUACAGUUAAAGGUUUUCUCAAGAAAGAAAACAAAAAGGAUUUAUUUGGCGCUUCAGAUUAUGGAGGGUUUCAAAAAAAAGGUUUUAUAGAGCCAGAUAUCGACGAGUAUAUAUCAGAUGAUGAACCAUAUCUAAAGCGGAAUAAGUUGGAUGUGAAUUCUAAACCGCAUAAUGAGAAUGUUGUUACAACUACAAUUAAUACAAAAAAAAUCGCUAUUGAUACAAAAGAAAAAUGAAAUUUUUAAUUAAAUUUGAUGAAUUUUACUUAUCAAAUAUAGUUAAUUAGAAUAUAUAUAUAUAUAUAUAUAUAUAUAUAUAUAUAUAUAUAUAUAUAUAUAUAUAUAUGUAUAUAUAUAUAUAUAUAUAUCAGUAAUUUUUUUAUUUUUAUUAUAUCGUAAUUACACUAGUAACUACCUAAAUUUAUCUAUAUAUUCAUUCCAUGUUUAAUUAUUAUGCAAUUUAAAUGGGUUGUUUGCUUAUAUUUCAAAACUGUUUCUUCAUAGCGCAUUUUUUUUAUUUUAAGACUGCAAUGAGAUUUUAAUACUAUUUAUUUAUAGCCAACCAUACAAUUACCCAUAUAUACAAGUGCUUUAAAAGCUCUUAAAUUUUAACUUGGUUAAUGUUAAGUUUUUACAGAUAUAUUUAUAUUUAUGUCAUAUAAAAAUUUUUAGUUUAAUAAAUGCAUAGGACAAACUUCAAAUUAUCAUUUAAUGAAAGGUGUGU